CUACUUUUCGAGUGGAGGCUGGCUUGACCGCAGUUAUAUUUGAUAGCAUGACGUAUCCUAGUGUGGCUAACUACGACGAAAACGUGUUGGCUGUUGAUCGUACAUACCACAAAGUGUUUCGCGUCCAUUACUUGACGUCUUCGUUUCCAGACCUACCUCCCGACUAAGACCAGAAAAGACCCAAAUGAAUACAUUUAUUCCACUCUAGCAUUAUUAUAAUUAAUGCACAUACCAGGCACGUCGCGUCGAAUGACGUCUGGUAUCUGGGGCGAUUAGUGAUGAUGUUAGAGGUCUGUCACACUCGUGGAGCAAAUUUCAAACAUUCUGCCCUCGAAUUCGUUACAAGGGUGACUGACGCGUUUAAACGAGGACAAGGUGUCAACAUGAGACUUGAAUUGACAGUUUUGUCUAUUACGCACCAUGUUCGAACCCCCCGAAACUCUGCUGAAAUAUGAAAACCCAGUUUUAAUCAGCAAAACUACAGAUAAAAAGUGUUCGAAGGGGGGUCGUCCUUUUAAAGUGUGCACCCAACCGCAUGCUGACUCCCCUGUGCCACCGCCUCCGAAACCCAAAUCCUCUGCAGCUGAAGCCCCCAGGCAGCAAAAUGAUGACAUACUUAACCUCAUCUUUCCACCCAGGGAAUGGAUGGAGGGAAACCAGCUGUUCGUGCAGCAAGUGUCCAGUGCGCCGUGCACGCGAGCGGACGUGGUGAACCUCGAGGAGCACCUGGACAGAAAGCUGCAGCAAAGGCGGGCCAUAGAGACGGGAAUAUGCCCUGUCCGAAGAGAGCUUUAUACUCAGUGCUUUGAUGAGCUGAUCAGGCAGGUGACCAUCAACUGCGCCGAGCGGGGUCACUUGCUGUUGCGGGUCCGGGAUGAGAUCCAGAUGACCAUCGCCGCUUACCAGACUUUCUACGAGAGCAGCGUGGUUUUUGGCAUGAGAAAAGCUCUGCAGGCCGAGCAGGACAAGGUGGACAUGGAGAAAAGAAUUGCUGUGCUGGAGCAGCAGAAAGAGGAGCUGCAGAAAGAGUUGCGCGAAGAGAAGGCCAAAUGCGAAGUCAUCGAAAAGACCGAAGAAGAGAAACACGAAGUGCAGGAAAAGAAGUACACGGAGCAGAUUCAGUUCCUCAAGAGAACCAACCAGCAGCUUAAGGCCCAGCUGGAGGGGGUUGUGACACCGAAAUAACUGCACAGCAGCCAUUUAACUACAUAGCAUGUCACUGAACAAUGUAUUUUUUAUGAAUGUAACUUUGAGUAAUAAUUGAAUAUUAAAUGUCUUUUUUUUA